UUCCCCUGCUCAUUUCCCCAGCUUCAUCAGUGGAAAACAUUACAAACAUUAAAGAAGUAAACAGAAUCCAGGAUGGCAUCGCGGUUCUUCGCAGGAGGGUCAUCAACCGAGAGUGAUUCGGAAUCGAGUGAUGAUGGUAUCCAAGUACCGCAGAAACAGGUCCCAGUAACCAGAUUUUUCCUCAGUGAUGAUGAAGAGGAGACAAAACGCGUUGUGCGCAGUGCCAAAUCAAAGAGACAUGAUGAGAUAUCCGAGCUCAUAAAGCAGAUCAGGAAUCAGAAGAAGAUCCGGGAUGUCUCAAGGGUACAGACCAGUUUUGAGGAACUGAUGAGGGUUUACACCAAGGCUCAGAAUGUACUCAACACAGAGGAUGGCCAGUGCCCACGAUACUAUAUCCGUUGUCUAGUGGAACUCGAGGAAUUUGUCAAUGAGCUUUGGGAAGACAAGAAGAAGUUGAAUAAAGCCAAUGCCAAGUCUCUCUCCUCCUUGAGACAAAAGCUAAGAAAAUACUUGAAGGAGCUUGAUACUCAGAUUACAAAAUACAAAGAGAAUCCUGAUGCAGAAGAUAAGGAAGAGGAGCCAGAGGAGAAGAGUGAAGAAGAGAGUGAAAGCGAAGAGGAUGAACCUGCUCCAACCUUCAAGAAGACGAUACCUCCAAAGGUCAAGCAAGAAGGAGAUUAUGAUGAUGAAUCGGAUGAUAGCUGGGAUGUAUCAAUGUCAUCUGAUUCAAGCUCGGAUGAUGAUGUACCUGGCAUGACGACCCUCACGGCAGAGUAUUUCUUGAAGAAGACGACGACAGGUGAUGAUAAAUCUUCUAAGAGGAAGGAGCGAAGGAAGGACAGAGUGCGAGCAAAAGAAGAUGAAGGUUUGGAGGAGGAGGAAGAAGAUGAAGAUGGCAAGUGGGAAAAGGUCAAAGGUGGCAUCAAACUUGAGAAGGAGAAACCCAAAAUGUUUGCCAAGGACGUGGAGAUUACCCAUUCUGUUGUUCUCAAGAAACUCUCCGAGAUCGUCGGGGCUCGCGGCAAGAGAGGAACCAACCGAGCGGAUCAGAUUGAAUUGUUGAAGGAACUCCGGAGCAUCGCUAGUCAGAACAACCUUGGGUUGGGUGUUGAUCUGAAGAUAGCCUUCCAUGUGAUGUCGGCUGUCUUUGAUUACAAUCCUAAUGUUGCUACGUGUAUGAAGCCAGCCAUCUGGGAAAUGUGCUUAGCCCUUAUGCAAGAGAUGCUCAACAUUCUCAUAGAAAACCCAGAUGUUCUGUGCUCAGAUAACUUGCACGAAGAUGCUGAAAGCUUACAAGAGGCUCCGUAUAAGAUCCGUGGUUGUAUUCUGACGGUAGCUGAACGGCUUGAUGAGGAAUUCACAAAGAUGCUUCAAGCAACUGAUGCUCACUCUACUGAAUAUGUUGAAAGGUUGAAGGAUGAGACUCUUGUGACCAACAUCAUUGUAAAACUACAAUCUCAUCUUGAGAAGACUAGUACAUCAGCUGAGAUCUGCAGGGUUUACCUGAGGCACAUCCAACAUAUCUACUACAAGUAUGAUUAUGAGAAACUACGAGAACUAGAGAAGAACCGUACCCAGACGGAAGGUGAAAAACAGGAAAAGACAGAUGAUGGUCAAGGAGAAAAGAAGAUCGAAGAGGAGACACCAAAAGAGGAGAGCAAAUUAGAAGGAGAAGACAAAGCGAAAGAAAAGAAAGAAGAGAACUCGCUGACGCUGAUGGACCGUAUGUGUAAAUACAUUUACUCCAAGGACACCACGGAUCUGAUCAGAACUAGAACAAUGCUGUGUCAUAUCUAUCACUAUGCUAUCCACGAUCGCUGGUACACUGCUAGAGAUCUCAUGCUUAUGUCUCAUUUGCAACAGACCAUUCAAUACUCCGAUAUUCCCACCCAGAUUUUGUAUAAUCGUACCAUGGUUCAGCUUGGCCUCUGUGCAUUCCGUCAUGGUAAUAUCCGUGAUGCCCACAAUGCAUUGCUUGAUAUCCAGAGUGGUGGUCGUGCCAAGGAACUUCUAGCUCAGGGUCUUCUGAUGAGGCAGCAGGAGCGUGAUGCCCAGCAGGAGAAGAUAGAGAAGAGUCGUCAGCUUCCUUUCCAUAUGCACAUCAAUCUGGAGCUAUUAGAAUGUGUCUAUCUGGUCUCGGCUAUGCUGCUUGAGAUCCCUUACAUGGCAUCUCACCACUUUGACAUUCGGCGUCGCAUGAUCAGCAAGAGUUUCCACCAUCAGCUGCGACUGAGUGAGCGUCAGACCCUGAUUGGACCCCCGGAGAGCAUGAGAGAGCAUGUGGUGGCCGCCUCCAGGGCCAUGCGCUACGGUGAUUGGCGGGGCUGCAAGAAGUUCCUGGUCAAUGAGAAGAUGAACAUGAAGGUCUGGAACCUGUUCCAGGACUCCGACCAUGUCAGGGACCUCAUCACCAGGAAGAUACAGGAGGAGAGUCUGAGGACAUACCUGUUUACGUAUGGUAGUGUUUACGAUUCUUUGAGCUUGAUCACACUAUCUGAUAUGUUUGAGCUUGAGAAGACUGCAGUACAUAGCAUUGUCAGUAAGAUGAUCAUCAAUGAAGAGCUGAUGGCCUCCUGGGACGAGCCAGCUGCCACUAUUGUGAUGCACCGUUGUGAACCGACCCGUCUACAGCACCUCUCGCUCCGCCUUGCAGACAAGGUCGCCAACCUGGUCGAUAACAACGAACGUCUCAUCGACUCCCGCAUGGGCGACAGCCGCUUCAAGGACCGCGGCUUCAACAAGGAAGGUGGCCGAAGAGAAGGUGGUUACAAGGACGGCGGCCGCUACAAGGAUGGAGGCCGGAGGGAAGGCGGCUACAGGGAAGGCCGAGACAAUCGCUACCAACGUGAUGGUCAGGGAGGCAACCGUUAUAGGGACCGCGGUGGGAAGGGCAAUUAUAACCGAGACGGGCAAGGAAGGGACAACUACCACAGGGAUGGCCAGAGACGAGGGGAUAGGUACCACCGUGAGGGUAGAGGUCGAGGAAGAAACCGUGAUCAACAGCAGAGGAACUACUAGACAAGCUUUAUGAUGUCUAUCAGAAGCAAGAUCUACAAAUCUCUUAUUCAAACUUUCUCAAAGAUUUGGAAUUCCAUUAAAUAUAUUUAACCAGAGAUUCCAUUAUGUAAUUUCAAUAGAACAUCUAUGGGAAUUAUUGAUUUGCACAGUAUUUGUUUGAAAUAUUGUCUCUUUUCCUUCACUAGAUACUCAAUUUAAAAACUAAUUUAUCUUAUUUAUGUUUAAGUACAGGAUUCUAUUACACACUUUGUUGCUAUUGUUGUCUAUUGAUAAACCCUGGAAUUCCAUUCUUGUUUGAAUUACCUCUUCAUUCUUUAGCAAGAAAACAGUGAAACUUCUAUAGUCCACCCCCCCCCCUUGGUGAAUGGAAGUUACUAUGAUGGGUCAUAAUGACAUGGCAGUCAUGUUUGCAUGACAGUUAAGUUAUUGAAAGUCAAGGACUUUUAUGCCCGGUUGACACUUUCAUGCAUUGUGGUGCCUGCAUUGAUGAGUGCCAGUGCAAGACAUUUUAUGGCAAGACAUGUUUGUAUCAGUGCACGCAUUCUCGAUACCCUAUAUCAUGUGACGUAUCUAGCGCAAAUUUGAAUAUUCCAUCAUUCUUGUUGUCUGCACGCACAAUUUUGCACAUGUCAUUCUCAAACUAUGCGUGAAGUAUGCUUAGCCUAUGCGCAAAGUGUGAGUGCCCUGUUGUGAACUAGUGAAAUGUGUGUCACUACCCUUGGGGGUUGUGCCUAUUAUAUUUUGUGCCACAAAGUUUCUAUGUCCUCGCCAUGCAGUGGCAUAAACUAGCAUGGCUAUGUUGCACAUAAUGUUCGUGAAUUUGUAAUGUGUGACCAAAUUUUCAACAUGUUGACAAUUUCAGCACACAUCCGCAAGCUGGCAUGCAUAUUCCCUGCAUUGGCCCGCAUGAGUGUGUGCCCAUGUGCAAACUAUGUGGGAACCAAAAUGCGUUCAAGUGUCAACCGGGCUUUACUCUCAAUAUUUUACACAUAUAGAUUGCAUCUGGUAAUUUCCUCUGAAAAAAAAACUUGAUCUGUUAAAAUAAGAUGAGCAUUACUCCCAAUUAAUUUUUUGUUUCCAAGUUUACUUCACCAAGAAAUGCACAUUUUGUGCCCUCGAAGGGCCUUUUUGUUUUUGACUUUAGAAAAUGCAUGGGACUUGUUCUUACCACUUACCAAGAUGUAGUUAUUGGUAAUGUCGGCCUAUUUUAAUGUUCAUUGAAUUGUGAUCAUGUUCAACAAUAUAUAUUGUUUCAUUCUUUAUUAUUUCUCAAAUGAUUAUGCUCUUACAUGAUAAGAAUUUAAACAAAUUGAGGAUUCGAUCGACUCUGUAAUGAAUUAAAAGUAUAGAAGUGACA